AUGAAGUUCUCUUUUCUCUCCAAUGCCAAGAACAGCAACAUCUUACGACAACGUAAAUCCUCUUGGCAAUGGCUGCCUUGUCACCAGCCCAGAACUCUCUCUUUCAGAACAGAUAACAACAACACCCUUUUCACCAUCAUCACCUCAGAUUCCAUUGUUGGGGCUGAUGAUACUCUUCCAUUGGAGACUGUCAUCCGAGGUUUAAGGUCAGAUAGGCUGUUUUUCGAGCCUGGAGAGACCAGUUCAAUCAUGGAAGAGGCAACAAAAAGGAAUGAGGAAGAAGAUGAUGAUAUUGAUGGGUUGUUGCCUUUUAAAGAGAGUCUAGUGUUGUCAAUGGAUUCUCGUGAUCCGUAUGUUGAUUUCAGGGUGUCAAUGGAAGAAAUGGUUGAAGCUCAGGGGUUAAAUGAUUGGGAAGGGCUUGAACAACUAUUGUUUUGGUAUUUGAGAGCCCAUGGAAAAUGCAACCAUGACUACAUCGUUACUUCCUUCGUUGAUUCGCUUGUAGCUCGACUCACCAUUAACGUUUCUAAUUCAAUACCUGAUAAUAUCCAUUCCCCUUCUUCCCCUUUAUCUUUUGACACUUCUCCUUCGUCGUCUUCCUCUGAGGUUUUUUCUUCAACAAUCAUUCCUUGUGUUUGUCCACUAGAAGCUGAGAAAGGCAUUGAUGAUGAUAGCCAUCGUUUAUCUUCUUCUUCUCCAUCAUUAGAAGUAGACCAGAAGAAGGAGAUGAUUAUUAUUAAAGGUACUGAAGAUGAUGAUGCUUCUUCAUCUGUAUUAGUUGUUUGA